AUGUUAAAAAGGUUAAAGGAAGAGGGUGGUAGAACAGCUCAUUCGAGAUUUGCAAUUCCUCUCAAUCCAACUGAAGAUUCAACAUGCUAUAUAAAGCAAGGUAGUCCUCUAGCAAAUUUGAUUAUAAAGGCAAAGUUGAUUAUUUGGGAUGAGGCACCGAUGAUGCAUAAAUAUUAUUUUGAAGCUCUUGAUCAAACUCUUAGAGAUAUUCUUAGAUUUAAAGACACAUCCAGUGUUGAUAAACCUUUUAGAGGUAAAAUAGUUGUUCUUUGUGGUGACUUUAGACAAAUUUUGCUUGUUAUUGCAAAAGGAUCUAGGCAAGAUAUUGUUAACGCUACUCUUAAUUCUUCUUAUUUGUGGACCCACUGUGAAGUCUUAAAUCUAACAAUGAAUAUGAGGAUUGGGAGUUCCAUUGAUGGCAUUGAGAAGGUCCAAAUCCCUGAUGAUCUUCUCAUAAGUAAUUGUAAUGAUCCAACAUCGGCAAUUGUUGAAAGUACAUAUCCAGAUUUCUUUAGCCAUUCCAGUGACAUAGAUUACUUCCAACAAAGAGCAAUUCUUGCUCCGACUCUUGAUAUGGUUGGCGUUCCUGUGAUGUUACUGAGAAAUAUAGACCAGUCAUCAGAAUUGUGUAAUGGCACGAGGUUGAUCAUCACAAGACUUGGAGAUCGAAUUAUUGAAGCCAAGGUUUUAUCUGGUAAUUUGGCUGGACAAAAAGUUUUUAUCCCGAGAAUAACAUUGACACCGUCAGAUGCAAGAAUACCUUUUAAGUUCCAGGAAAGACAUUCUCCAAUUGUUGUAUCUUUUGCCAUGACAAUUAAUAAAAGUCAAGGCCAUUCAUUGUCUCACGUGGGGCUAUUUUUGAAGAAGCCAGUAUUUACUCAUGGACAACUGUAUGUUGCUCUUUCACGCGUGACAAGUAGAAAUGGUUGA